GCGAGAUGGCAGUGUGUAGUGCAUUUUGGGCGCUCCUGCUGUUGGCAAUCACCAGUCUGGCGACAGUCGUACCAAGACAGGAUUUGUCAUAUCCCCAGAAUCCGGAGAAUGAUUACUCCUGUCGAAGCACGACCCAUCCUAAUCCGGUGGUGAUGAUCCAUGGCCUCUUGUCGACGUAUUACACCAACAUCAACCUCUUGGAAGCUUACCUCAAGUCUCAAGGAUUCUGCACAUUCUCGUUCACGUACGGAGUGCCUUUGGGUAUAACUCUCCUUGGAGGGGUGAGAAGCAUUGCAGAUUCCUCGCGAGAGGUGGCAGAUUUCAUUCUGAAAGUCGCAAGAUUGACGGGGAACGCGAACAUUGAUCUUGUCGGGCAUUCCGAAGGAGCCUUUCAAUCGCUCUACGUUCCGAAAUUCUAUCCCCAGGUCGCUGCUGUGGUUCGAAAUGUUGUUGCCAUCGGACCUCCUACGCAUGGCACAACUGUGUCCGGACUAUAUCUGCUCGCGUAUCUCGGGGGAAAUCUCACUCGUGACCUGGUUGGAGACGUAUUGGAAACACUGGGCUGUGGGGCAUGCGAUGACCUGGGAGGGAAAGGCGACGGCCAGGACGGUCCUGCCGUAAGAGCUUUGAAUCAAGGUCCGAUUGCGGUUUCUGGCAUUCACUACACGAUCAUGACUUCAAAACAAGAUGAGGUCGUCACGCCGCCCGAGACCGCUUUCGUUAAUGAGCCUGGCGUGCGAAACUUCUUCAUUCAGGAUUACUGCCCUCAAGAAGUUGUUGGCCAUCUCGGCGAGCCUUAUAGUCCUAAUGUCCAAGAGAUCGUGGUCAACACCCUAAGCGGAAGCCUUGCUGGUCCAAAAGUGUGCUCGGCGGGACCAUCGCUGCAAUUGGGCGGAGGCUUGCAUUCUCUGCCUCCGGUCGAGCAACUUGAAAGUACUUUAGCCAACCUGAUUGGGACUUCAGGUUUGCCGUUGAAGAGAAGUGAGAUCGAAUCAGAAAACAAUGCAAUCGUGGCUUGAAGCAUCCAACAUCCUAAACGCGAUGAUCACGCUUGUUUUUGAUUCCUAGACCCACAAAAUCACUCACAAUUAUAGUGUUUGUAGGGGUAUUUGCUGAGAUGAUGAUUGUAAUUAUAAUCACAGAAGCACUACUUAAUCGAGGAAUUGUCUCCCUUGGCG